AAGCCACGAAAGAAAUUGUAUUCCGGUCUGGUAACAAAAAGCCAAAACCAAGUCGUCACCGUAUCGAAAGCCGAUUGCCGAAAAAUCUCUCAAUCUCUCUCUCUCUCUUUCUCAUUCUCCCUUUCAAUUUUUGCCUGAAAUGGACCCCGAAACGCAACAUAAAAUCGAAGAAACGGUGUUGGAGAUCUUAAGAAGCUCGGACAUGGAUGCGAUGACGGAGUUCAAGGUUCGAAACUCGGCUGCAGAGAAGCUCGGGAUCGACCUCUCUGGUACAGAAUACAAGCGUUUCGUCAGGCGCGUCGUGGAGUCAUUCCUCGUAUCGAAGGAGGAAGAGGAGCAGGUUAAGGGCACAGCACCGGAUGAAGAAACCAAGGAGGCAGAAGAAGAAGGUGAACAAGAGGAGGAAGAAGAGGAAAGGAAGUCGAGAAACUCUGCGAAAGAGUACGAUGAUGAUGGAGAUCUCAUCAUUUGCAAACUAUCCAACAAGAGAAGAGUGACAAUCCAAGAUUUCAGAGGGAAGACUUUGGUUUCGUUAAGGGAGUACUACGAAAAGGAUGGAAAACAACUUCCUUCCUCCAAAGGAAUUAGCUUGACAACUGAACAAUGGACAACCUUCAGGAAGGCUGUCCCUGCAAUUGAAGACGCCAUCAAGAAUAUGGAGUCAAGGUUGAGGUGAGGCCAAGGCUCACCUUCCCAUUUUGAGGUGACAGACGUGUUGACCUUGCCUUGAAUGCUGAGAGAAUGAUGAAAGGGGAUCCUGUAAGCUGUAAGUAAGCCUUGAAACUUGUCCUUGAAAAGUCUAGUCUGUGUAUGUUCAGGUUUUUGGUUUAGUCACUUAGGUGGUGGUUGUAUAAGAGAUCGCCACAUGAAACUAUCAUCCUUUUGUUGGCUUUGUGGAUGGGAAAAUUUUAUUCCAAGGAAAUAGGUUGGUUCCUUCCGGGCUAGCGUCACUCGUUGUAUUGAACUGGUAUCUUCGGCUAAUGUGCAAGCAUUCGAUUCGAUAA